UGCAUACAUAGUUGCAACUGCGCAGACUGCACAGGUUGCGAGCUUGAGCUUGGUUGCUAUGGUUACCCACAAGUUUGACAGGCAUAUUGGGGACAGCUCCUCCUAGUUCAGGACCCCAACACGGCAUGAUGAAGGGUGCCAAAAGGCAGAAAACGAUUGCAUCGUUUUUUCAAAAAAAAAAACAAUGACUGUAAAACAUUCCCAGCGAUUGAGUGACCCACCCUUAUUACCAUGGGCAAUUGUGCAAGAGGAUGGGGUCAUCCUUGCAGGACACUGCACAUGCAUGGCCGGUUUGGGUGAGGUGUGCAGUCAUGUUGGGGCACUCAUUUUUGCAGUUGAUGCUGCAGUGCAGGUCCGAAAUUCCCAAACCGUGACACAGGUGCCUGCUUACUGGCUUCUUCCAAGUAGUCUGUCGAAGGUGGAGUAUAGUGAAAUUCAAAACAUUGACUUCCAGUCUCACCAAUCAUUGAAGAGGAAGCUGGACAACACACUAUCAUAUAGAACACCUCAAACGCCUUCAACUGACCAAGGAUCACAGAAACUUCCAGAAAUCCUACAACCCACUAGUGAAGAAUCUGCAGUGUUUUUAGAAAAACUCUUUGCAACAAAAGACAAUGCUGUGCUUUUGUCAGUCAUGCCAAGUUAUUCAGAACAUUUUGUCCCAUCAUCACUUGGAGAAACAUUCCCAAAUAUUCUGACAGAACUUUAUAAUGAAGAGUAUGCUGGAGCAUCAAAAGAGGAAUUAAUUGAACAUUGUAUGAACAAAUUUGAAACAAUAAAUGUGUCUGAAAGUCAAUGUAUUAAUGUAGAAUUAGAAAUGAAGGAUCAGUCCUGUAGUAAAUUGUGGUUUAGGUUUAGGGCUGGGAGAAUCACAGCAUCUCGUAUGAAAGCGGUGUGUUCAACUAAUGUUGAAAAUCCUUCCAAGAGUCUGAUCAAGGCUAUCUAUUAUCCAAAUUCUGUAUCUUUUGCCACAAAAGCAACAAAAUGGGGUUGUGAACAUGAAAAAAUUGCACUUGAUGCUUUCUGUGAAGUUGUGAAUAAUUCUCAUGAGAAUUUCAAAUGCGAGAAAAGUGAGCUAAUGCUGAAUCCGAAAUAUCCAUAUGGGUGCAACUCCAGAUGCUGUUAUAUCAUGUAACUGCUAUGGAAAUGGAUAGUAGAGGUCAAAUGUCCUUAUUGUUAUAAGGAGUCAUCAUUUACAGAUAUUCUUGAAGAAAAGUCCUGUUUGGAACAAAGUAAUAGUUCACUGAUGCUCAAAAAGUUUCACCAAUAUUAUUACCAAGUUCAAACUCAAAUAUUUGUUAGCAACAAAGAAUUUGGUUAUUUUGUUGUUUGGACAGGGAAAGACAUGCAUGUUGAAAGACUUGAACCAGAUGAAGAUUUGUGGAACAAUAUCAUUGAAAAAUCCAAGAAAUUCUUUGUGCAGGUAUUACUGCCUGAGCUUGUUGGCAAAUUUUAUUCCAGACCCCAGCCUUGUAAAGUAAACAUUCCCCAAGAUCAGAACACAUGUAACAUUUUGAGAGAUUUUAAUGCUCAUGCAUUUGGUUCAUUGUCUGCCUCAAAACAAAUUGAUUUUGUUCAACAGCCAAAUGUGUCUUAAAUAAUCUGUUAUUGUAAACAGCCGUACCAGCCAACAGGUGAUCGAAUAGUAUCUUGCAGAAAUGAAACUGUGUGUAUGGUUCAUUCCAUGUGAAAUGCAUGAAUUAUAAGCGCGUGCCAAGUAUUAAAACUGCCUGGUAUUGUCCUGACUGUAGAAAACUUCCCCAGUUCAAGAAAACUAAAGGUGUGAAAAAUUCCACAAAAUGAACCCUGCAAGAUUGUAUCUAUGAAAUGUAAUAUCUUUAUUCAAACCAUCUGACACUUUGCACUGCAUAUAUGUGCAUCAGAAAUGACCCAAU